AGCGGCAUGCGUGCGGCAGCAUUGUUGGCGCGGCGCGCUUAUCCUGUAGGAGCCGCGCGGGCGGAAGCAGAGGAAAUACGCUCCCGACGCUCCGACGGCGCGGCACAAUCGACGACAUAAAUUAACGCCUUACAGCGCCCGACUUGCACGCGCUCGCUACCCAGGAACCCAGCGAAAAUUGAAACACAUUAGGCUUGCAGACAAUUAACGUCUGAAAACAGAUCGAAUUCUUUUACUAAGCGCCUGCAAUUGCUCUUGUGUUCGUUUUCUAUUAAGAUCAAACCCGCAUUUCAAGAUUUUGAAGUUGGCCGCAUUUUGAAGAUUCAUAUUAAAAUAGUAUUGCCAAAAGAAUAAAUUAUAUUAAAUCAGAACAAAAUUCAUAAAAACCCUAAUGCAGUUGUUAACAUGCCCUUCUCUGGCCUACAACAUAGUGAAUAUGGUAUGAGCGGGCAACGCAAAGUUUGAUGUGGCAAUGGAAGAGAAGAAACAAUACAGCACGCUGACGAUCGACAGGGCGGCAUUUUUAUUGUUGCGCGUCAAGAAGGCAUUUAAGAAGAAAAAGUUGCAACGCAAAGAACGCGAGCAGCGGAAUGCGCAGUUGGCAGCUUCCCGCGUCGACCAGCGAGCUUCAUGUGCCGGCCUUGAAGAUGCUCAACGCGCCAAGAGAAAACAACCCCCGCCGCUGUUGCGAUCGCGCACACUGCCGGCAAUUAUUGUCCCAGGUGUGAGCAUCCUACAGGCGCAAAUUGGUAACAUAAAACCAACCAAAGAUGUCGUCCAGCCGCUGCCGUCAACAGCAACGCCCAAGUCGCGUUUUUACUCCGGCCGCAUGGUCUUUGCACGCGGUAGCGGUGAUGAGACGCCGCCGCCGGAUGGGCGCCGCAAGUCCGCCGUAUCGAAGCUGUGUGUUGCGGGUGGCCACUAUGGGCCGGAGCGCGCCGUGGACGGCGGCCCGCUCCUUCGAAUUCCUGCAUUUCCAGUUCAGCGCGCAAAAAGCCCCAGCCCCAACAGCGGCAACGCGUUCAACCGUCUCUCGAAGCUGCUUAACCAGUCGAAGAACCAUCUGCCGGCAGCGGGGGCAGCUGAUGACACCAACAUCAUGCGGCGCCUCAGCUGGGAGAGAAAGGACAUCACCAGCCGGUUGCCGCGUUCAGCGAGCAUCGAUUCCAUGGUGGAGACCGUGUGGGCCGAAAGUUUCGUCGAACCCCUGCAGCAGAAAUCAUCUCAGCCCAGACAGUUUCAACGUCUGCCCGUAGAAAAACGAGCGUCGGUCACAUCUAGAGCAUCAGAUCGCACGUUGGCGUUGGUCUCUCCUUCGGUCGGGCGCCGCCUCAAAGGACAUCGCAGUGUAAACGCACUCUUCGCCGCCAUCGAACACGGCCACAUGGAGAAGGCACGCACAAUACUGGAGUCCACCGACGUGGAUGUUAAUUGCGUCAACAGCGACGGGCUGUCGGCCUUGGACGUCGCAGUCCUGAACAACAACCGUUCGUUAGUCAAAAUGCUGAUAAAUUUUGGUGCGAAGGAAAAUAGUCAAUACGUGAGCGCAGAUAAGUUGGGCACACACUUGAAGCAGCUUCUAAGCGAGGCUGAAAUGCGCCUUCAAGAAUUUGGCGGGCUGUUCGACGACUGUACCGCUUCAGUGAAUACGAGAGCGUCCUUUUCAAGCAUAAUAGGAAACGCUUAUCCUUCGUCGGCAAUGACAGGAUGCGCGGGCGGCGAUAACGAGAAGCAGGCGGUCGCGUGGGGCCGGCGGGCUAAGACUUUAAAGCGCUUAGUGCUGGGCUUUAAUCAGGCGCGUCCGCCUGACCCGCCGUCGCUGGUCACCGUCGACAUCACGGGCACCAACUCGGUGGCGUUAAGACUGCAAGAGCCUACUAAUCAUGACUCACCCAUCACGACGAAAUUCAAAGUGCAAUGGUCUACUCGCGCCGACUUCAACCCUAUAACUGGGGAAGCGGAGAUUCUGGAUAUGUCGAAACCGUCGUGCCACAUCGACCUAACGCAGGGUAGACGCUACUUCUUUCGCGCAUGUUGUGGAAAUUUGAAGGGCUAUGGCGGAUAUCUUACCUCCACGCCGGCCUCCGUGGUACCAUCCACCUGGCAUGAGGUGGACGAGAAAGCGGAUCGCUUUAUAGGAAAACUGAAGGAUCUCGACGCACUCAUUGAUGAGGUGCGUAGCGAACGUCCAGGCAGCGAAAUGUUGGAGAAUCAAGCUCCGCAACGUCGCGGCCAAAAGAAGAAGACAACCAUUAAGCAGCUGUUCACAGCCGCCAGCAAAUUCCAGAAGCACUUGCGGCGUGGUAUCUACCUGGCCUGCAUUCUGUACCACGAAGACAAAGUAUUAGUUACGAACGAAGACUUUCUGCCUGUGAUAGAAAUAGAUGAGACAUUUCCUAGUUGUAUAAAUAACGAUUUGCACUGGUUCAUGAAGGUGACCUGCAAUUGGGACGACACGAAGUCGCUGCGAGCUGAUAUGGAACGGCACGCGUCCCCAGCGGUACAUUUCCGGACGAAACUGCUCUCGGCGGCAUUGCAGAUGCAGUCGGCGCUGUGCUUACAGGAUCUGGGACAGCUAUACUACAAACCCGUGAAAGAUAGGCAGGGGACGCUUGUAUUGAGCACAAUUAACUAUAUCAAGUCGCCGAAAAACGUCUCCGUGCUGAAUUCGCGCUGGCUGCCUAUGAGCAAGGUGAAGAACAAGUGCGUACUAAGCGACGAGCACAACAUUUUUGAUCUUCUCAUGGCGUCCAUUCAGGAGCAGAUUAAUUACCAUCAAGUCUCGUCCUUAAAACUGAAUCGGGGAUUGUAUUUGGCAUAUCUAAAGAUGCAGAGCUCGGUGGAUCUAAUUCAGGUUGUCGUCUCCAUGAAAAAUCCAAACAUGUUACCACAUUGCAAAAUCCGAGACAACGCGCAUGUGUCUGCGGAGGAGUGGAGUUACCUGAAAAAUCAAAACAUGCCAGACAAACUCGAGCACGCUACAGAGCAACAACGCACUUUUCUGGAACUCGUCACUAGCGCGGCCAAGAGACUUUUUAACUACAUGGAUAUUAGUUCCGAGGACACAGCUACUCACAGACUGUAUGAUUCCGAGAUAAUCGAUCUUACACCUGACGUCAGCUUUUUGGUGAUAUGUCCGUCGGUCGAGUUUUCUUGCUCCGUGCCCGGCCAGCGUGAAAUUCUACUCCAACGGGGAGAUUUACUCAGUCUACCCCUGCAAGUCUUCGAGAUGAUUCACUUAAAUACUUACCAUAGCAGUAUCAUCCAACGGUAUAGCAAACUAAGUUGCGUGCUCGAAUUGGAUGCAGCAGCUGCUAAUCACCUGCAUCGGGAAGCUUUCAGCAAUUCCGAGGUAGCUGCUGCAAAGGAGAAGGUGCAAAAGCUGCAAGAGUUGCAAACUAAGCUUAACUCGGUGUGGCGAUGUGUGCGUUGGUUGAUGGACGUAAUUGCGUUCGCUCGAGAUAAAAACAGUGAUGGUGUCCUGCUACGACAUCUCUUGGAUCAAGGCAGCGCCAAUGCCAGUCCCAAAUGCUCUCUGCUCCAGAUUCCUCCUAAGACUGUAAAGAGCUCGCCGGGAAGAGGCAGUUGGCCUGGACCAGCAUCAUCCGGCCAUCAGACUUCGCUGAUGAGUAACGAGUUCAGCAAAAGCGAACAGCAACUGUGCAAUAACUCUUGCAGCGAUGAAGAGUCGCGUAAAAAUUCGGAAAGUUUCACAAGCGGUGAGCUGUACAACGAAUGCCUGGUACCGUCGCGAAGCGAGGACAUGCUGUUUGCCGUCCCUUCAAUGUCCACCGCUAGCCCAUUGAUCCACCGUCCUAUUUACACCGGCAGCCUGCUUAGCGUGAAUACGAUGAAUAAAGACAGCAUGCACAGUCUGAGCUCCGAAAGUGACAGCAAUUUCUCGCAGCCGCUUAACUCUAGCACGCCGAAUUCGCAGCGCUACCGAUCAAAAAUUCCUCCAUCACGGAGCCUUACCAGCGUUAAACAAAACCCCAGUGAGUGCAGCCGCUCCAAUGGUGACAAGAUGGCACGUCGUAACCUCAACAUGGAGGGCCUAUCCAAGAGCAUGACAAACAUAUCCGAACAGGGCGCUUUCAAAGUGCCACAACUUCCACAGAUGCCGCCUCCCGGCCACGCCAAGGAGAUGGGGCCCGGAAUAUUACAGGUGUACGCCGCUUACGAGACUGGACUGGCGAGUGGCACCAGCCUCAAAUUGCACGUCACUCCUAAGACCACGGCGCGUGAAGUGGUUGAUCUCGUGGUAAAGCAGUUGAACAUGGCGGUUGUAUUGAAAGGCAAAGAAGGACCAAUUUAUCCUGCUGACAAGUUUAAAAACUUUUGCUUGGUGGCUGUGAUCGGAGCACGCGAGCGUUGUCUGCGCGAUGACUUCCGCCCUCUACAGUUGCAGAACCCGUGGAAGAAGGGUAGACUAUACGUGCGUAUGAAACAGGACGUGCUCGCUGCUCUUGAACACAGUACGAAGCAUUCCGCUAUCAUCUAAAUACUAUUUGAAACGCAUUUCCCACACUGUUGAUUUCCUAUUGGACCAAGAACAGUUUUGCCCGUUGAUUUGCGAGUCCACUGCGAGCCCCGUGUGAUGAGUGCUGAAUUUCGUCCAUAUUGUUACUCGCUUGUAUUAUUCAAAACAACGUCAUCCCGCAAACACCAAUUUUAACAAAUACGUAUAUGAGAAAAGUACCUUCAGAGAAACAUACAUACAUAUAUCUUCUGAAUCUUCAAGUUUAGGCAAAUGUUAGUAUGUAAAUGUUUAGUACAAAAUGUUAAUUAAACGGAAGGAUUAAGACCUAUUCAAUUACGAACGAUUCCAGAGAGUGGUUUUAGAGCGUUAUUUCAAGAAAGAAAUAACAUGUGUUUCUUUAUUACUAAAUGUAUAUUAAGUUUGAGAAUUUACUGUACAUUGUUAAUGCUUAGAAGAUGAUUUGGAUGUAAAUAUGAUUACGAUGUGAAUGUGAUUCCUUCGAUUUCACUUUAAUCUAAUAGAGUUAUCAUGAGAACUAUCGGAACUGAACCAUUGAACGAAGAGAAAAUAUAUCUAUUUUAGGACGCGAUAUUAACGUUAGUAAAGAUGUUAAAAGAAUUAUUUAUACCUAUUAUAAUCUAACAUAUUUUAAAUGAUUUUUUUUUUAAAUAAUUGUUAAUAUGAGAAAAGACGUGUAUGUACACAAAUAUACUUAUGACUUUGUAA